AUGACUUCCAAUCCGAACACCGGGGGUGUCCAGUUGACAUUCCUCACAACGGGAACGGUCCGCAUUAGACCCUCAAUGCGCUCGCAACCAGUGAGCAAAUUUGCGAUUUUUCGACGUCUUCGAUCACUUUGCGACAAAACGUGGACUGAGCCAUUGCCAGUCGGGGUAUUCCUCAUUCGCCACCCUGAAGGUCUCUUCCUCAUGGACACCGGGCAAUCUCCAUGCUGCAACGAUGCCGGAUAUUUCCCACGACUCGCUCUCUUCAAUGGCCUCCUAAGCAAAUUUACCAUUGAACGGCAAGACGGAGUACUCGAACAACUUCACAAGCUCGGAAUCAAGGCGACCGACCUCAAAGCCGUGAUUUUGAGUCACCUCCACAACGACCAUGCGGGUGGAUUAGAGGACCUCGUUGCAGAAGCACCGGAUCUGCCCAUCUACGUCAGCCGUGAGCACUGGAAUGCAUUUGGAGAACAUCCUAUCUUUGCAAGCAUGGAAGGAGCGACGCCCAAUCAUUGGCCAAAGGAAUUCUCACCAAAGAUUGUGGACUUGCAGGACAGACCACUUGGACCCUGGAAGCAAUCUUAUCCUGUGACAGAGGAUGGCAGAAUUGUCAUCGUUGAUACGUCGGGACAUGUUCCCGGGCAUAUCAGUCUGGUGAUUUACGGGGAUGGAGAAGAUGGACAGAGUCAGGUCACAUACUUCCUCCCUGGGGAUGCAACAUAUGGCUUGGACCUUUUGGAUAAGGAACAGCCCGAUGGGAUCAACGACGACCCUAUGCGUGCUCAUCAAACGCUGAAGACCAUCAAGGAAUUUGCCAAAGAGACUGAUGUAGUUGUCUUGCCUAGUCAUGACAUCGACACACCUCGCUUGCUUGCUGAUCGAGUAGUCUACCGUCCUUGUGAGAAAGAGUGA